GUAUAUUAUAGUACAAAUACUUAAUGAGAUUAAUGUAUGAAAUUCAAAAGUUGAAAAAAAAUAAAUUGAAAUACCUAAUUUAAGGGGUAACAGUCUAACAGACGCUCUCAACUCUCAAACAAAAACAAUAAAAAAUUUGAAAAACAACACAAGCCGCCUCUUGAAAUCUCUCAACAAAUAAUCCCCAAUUUUACUUAAUUGAGUACAAUUAAGUACUAAUCUUUUCUCUUUAAUCUUUCACUAAUUACCCUGUUUUUUGGUUCAAAAACCAAUGUUAAACCCACUUUCAAAUUCACAAAAAAUAGUCUGAUGACAUACUUUUUCAUCGAAAUUCAUCUGCUUCAAUCCCAAGAGAUAUUGUCAACAGUCAGGCUGUCAUCAUCAUCAAUCAUCAUCUUACUUUGUUCUUAAUUUGCUGCAAUUUUCAGAACUGUUACUUGGUCAUUUAUCUGGAUUUUUUUGGUGAAAUCCUAUGGUGUUUGGUGAAGGGUUGAUCAUAAAUUUGUGGGUAAAUCCAUCUUACAAGCUUAAUUAGCCCAGCCGGAAAGAAAGCCUAAACUUUGAAUCAUUGAAUUUUUUGUCAUAUGGUGCUUCUUUAAAAUCAAGGAUGAAAAAAUAUUUCUUUCCAAAAUCUAUCUCAUCACAUGGAGGUGAACAGCUUCCGAAGUCUCCAGCUACAAGAGAUAAGAAACAGUCUCCACAAAAGCGAUGGAAGACAGAGGGUUUGGGAAGUGUGGAGAAUAAGUUUCAAAAGCCUGAGCACAACAUUCCUGUUUGUGAGGGAAAAGUUACUGAGAAAAAGACCUUAUCACGGACUAGGAGCCUAGUGCUGAGUAGGAGUCGGAGUUUUCAGAUGUCAACAACAGCAGACAACGGCGGCAGUUUUUGUGAACAAGAUCUUACGGGAUUAAGAGAUUGGAAAAAUAUUCCAUUGAGCCACAGGAGAUGUGAUUGUUCUGAUUGUGAUCAUCAAUUCAAAAAUGACAAUUCAAGGUCUGAAAAAUUUAAUGUAGCUACUGUUCAAAUACCUCGUACAGAAGUCCUACGUGACCGCUCUUGCUCCUGCCCAUCCAAUUCAAGCUCACCUCGGAGCUCCUUAGGUUCAACUUCAAUGCCAGGCAAAGUGUUGGACCUCUAUAUAGAUGGUGAGCAUCAUCAAGAAAUGAAGCAUGGAAUCAGUGAUCAUUAUCCUAAAAGCUCUGAAGGAAGUAACUUGUUUUUCCUUUCUAAUGGUGCACCUAGAAAUUACCCUUUGAGGUCUGAAAAUCAACAUGAGUCUCCGAGGAAGCUUGCUAAGGACGUGGUUGAAAGGCUUCUGAGGAUAGAACAAAUAUGUGAUCCAAAUAAACAUGAAGAACAGGACGAUAUUCUUGACAAGCAUUUGGAUGGACAAAAUUCUAAAUUGUUCCCUGAAGAAAAAGAGGUUCUCACUGAUUUAGCAUUGCAGAGAAAGCUAGAAGAAGUCAAGGAGAGGGUGCAGGUUGCAGAAAGAACUUUGUUUCGAAAUUGCAGUGUUGAAUCUCUACGGGACUUGGAGCUCAAAAUCUGUGACCAAUUGCACUGCCGAAUUGCUGAAAGGAAUGCUUAUAAAAAAGCAGUGUCAUUGUUGAAGGAUGAGACACACUCAGCGAUAGUAAAGUUAGAGAGAGAGAAAGAUGAAGUGAGUUCUCGAUUGCAGAAGGAGCUGAAUAGAAGGUCUGAUGAUUGGGAAAUUAAGCUGAGAGAAUAUCAGUCAGAAGAGCAUCGAUUAAGAGAUCGAGUAAGGGAGCUAGCAGAGCAGAACGUUUCUCUUCAAAGAAAAAUCUCUGGCUUCUGCAACAAGGAAAAAGAGUACACUGAUAGACUAUCAGGCAUGGAGGCUCAUCUCAAGAAUCUUAUAGCUGAAGUGGACAUUGCAAGAUCAGAAAAUGACAGUCUGCUGGAUAAACUAUCUGCGAUUCAGGAUAAGCUAAAAGUUUCUGAAGAAGUUCAGUACUCUUUGGACAGAAAAUACAAAGAAAAGGAAGAGGAAUAUAUGGAGUUGACCAAAAUAGUUUCAAGGCUUCAAGGUACUUGUAAUGAACAAGAAAGAACAAUUGAUGGAUUAAGGCAAUGCUUAAAUUCAGAUAAUCUUACAAAUAAAUGGCAAAUGGAACAACUGCGGUUGACAGGAGUUGAACAAGAUCUGAGGAGACAGCUGGAGACUUGUACUGCCGAAACAAGCUCUCUUCGGAGUGAAAACAUAUAUUUAUUUGAACGUUUAAAAAGUACAGGAAAAGUAGGUGGAUCUUCAGCCCUGAAACUGGAGCAUGAGCUUGAAUCUUAUGUUCAGUGCUUGCAAAACACAGGCUUAUCACUUCUGAAUGAGAGUGUUCAAAUGUGUGAAAAUCUUCAUGGGGCUCUCGAUAGGAAAACAACUUCUGAAGGUUCUAUUGAAUCACAUUCUCUUGUUCAAUAUGGUAUGAAGGUUCAAGAAUUCAGAAAGGGUUUAGAGCAGCUAACAAGAAGCCUACGAAAAACUGCCUCUGUUCUUAAGGAUAAAGCUGACAUAGCUAGUUCUGAACCUGAGUUACCUGAUACAUCUAACAGAGAGGUUUUUGAGGAUGAUUUGAAAUCUGAGCUCAAGGCAGAACGAUUACUGACUAGCAUUCUUAAGGAAAAUCUGUAUUUUAAAGAGAAGGAAGUAGAACAAAUGCAGGUUGAACUAGCCAGAGCACUGAGGAGUCAUGAUGUUCUGAAGAGAGAGAUCCAAGAUGCAGCUGAUACUGUUUCUUGUGUAAAUCAUAAAAUGAAGAAUCUUGAGCUUCAGAUGAUACAAAAGGAUGGAACCAUAAAUCAGCUUCAAGGUGACAUACGGUCAUAUGAUGAGGAGGUGACGAGUACUAGAGGUGUUCUAUCAAAAGUAACUCAGGAGAGAGAUUUGAUGUGGCAGGAGGUGAAGGGUUACAAUGAGAAAAACAUGUUGCUUAACCAUGAAAUCGAGUCACUUAAGAAGAAGAUUGAGGCCCUAGAAGAAGAUACACUCCUUAAGGAUGGUCAGAUCACAAUCUUGAAAGAUAGCCUUAACAAUGCUAAAUCUUUCAACCUUCUUUUUGAAACUGAACAUGUGAAUGAGUUCUAGCUUUGAUUGAUUUGAGUACAUAGGUGUUGAUUCAUAGUCCAGGCGCAAGCCUUGUUGAUUGUUAGUCUAAUUGGAAGGCGUUUGGGUCUUACUACCUCCUGUUUAGUACAAUCCUUGUGCACUUCGUAAUUUGUGACUCGUAGUGAUUCAAAUCGUAGAAUAAGAAGUGAUCAAAUAUGUAUGUUCGAGAAUCGGAUGUGGGUACUUCGUAGGGUGAUAUGAUUGACCUUCUGUAGUAUGGCUGUGUGAUUACUGCUUACUACAAAAGAUUAAUAUCUAAAUAGCUGUGUCAACUCUUUUUUGUACAUUCUUUAAAGAUUUUUUAUAUAAAUCAAAAGCGGAAGGAUAGUAGUUAAUAUCGA